AUGGCAGAAGAAUUGGCACACGAUUACUCUGGCUACUUCAAAGCGUCCAAUCUGGAUCAGGAGCUAAAACCCAUCACAGUGGGGAUCGAUCGGAUGAUGUUGCGACUAGAAGAGUUUGAAAAUCUGCUUGAGCUCGUAAAAGCCGAAUCAGGUGUUGCACUUACCCAGAACGUACCAAAACUUUUGGCGCUACAUCCCGAGCUGGACCUGCUAUGCGAUCGUAUUGAUAAGCUAGAACAGUUCGUCCAGAUGGUAGGUCGGAAUCUGGAUGCGGUUGAGAAGCAGGUGCAGAUUGCGGAGGAAGAGCUAGACAUUCCGGACAAAACGAUAAACGUGCUGUUGAAAUCGUUGAACAUUUUUGGCAAACCGAAACCCACCGAACGGCAAACGAACCGGAACGCGAACGGGAUGUAUGAGCCGGUGCCGGUGUUCAAGACUGAACAGUACUUUCGACCAAAUGGUGCGGAACAAUUAAAUGUAACCGCCGAUAGGUUAAGCGAAGAGGAGCAACCGCCAUCCUCCUGUGAAGACUGUGAUACUGGAACGCCGGAAAAGUGA